CUGCCUCGGGAUGUACUCCAGAGCUUACAUCUUGCUGGAAAGAGAGUUCAAGGAAUUCCAGGACAACAGAAAUGAGAGUGUUACUGCUUUUCCUAUAAGUGAAGAUCUUAUGAAAUGGGAAGCUCAGAUCGAAGGACUUCAGAAUUCAAUCUGGGAAGGAUGUGUUUUCAACCUGACAAUAGAUUUUACACCAGAGUACAACCUUGUUCCUCCAGUUGUGAAAUUUCUAACAAUUCCUUUUCAUCCAAAUGUAGACCCAUAUACCGGUCAGCCCAGUAUAGACUUUUUGGACAGCCAUGACAAGUGGAACACAAAUUAUACACUAAGCAACAUCUUACUUGCUCUACAGGUGCUUCUUUCCAACCCUAUCCUAGAAAACCCGGUGAAUUUGGAAGCAGCCCAGCUGUUGAUUAAAGAUGAGGCUAUGUAUAGAGAAGUAGUUCAGAAACUUUUCCUGCCAGCAUCAAUAAAAGAGGGCAGCCUAGAGUCACCUGAGGAGCCACUGGAGUGUGUCAGAGUAAUUAAAACAAUCUCGUUUAAUGAUUACUACAAGACAUGGUCUGAGAUAGCCACGACAAAAAUUGCAGAACACUCCAAAAAUCCAUUUGUUGGAGAUCCAAAUUUCAUGGAACAGUAUUACAAAUGGAAGCUACAGGAUCUGCAUCAUCUCAAGCAGCAGAAGUUGAAGUAA